CAUUCCUUUUAUAACAUAAAAGUAAAAAAAUAUAUCACGACAAAGAUGAACGACAUUAAUAAUUCUGAUGGCCUCAAUCAGGUCCGAUCAUAAUUUAGGAUAGACAACUGGGCCGACUCGUUUCGUCUUCAUUUUUCGCGACAAAGAAACCGAUAAAGAUGUUCCUGACAAGAUCCGAGUAUGACAGGGGAGUGAACACUUUCUCACCUGAAGGCCGACUCUUCCAGGUGGAAUAUGCUAUUGAAGCAAUCAAGCUUGGGUCCACAGCCAUUGGUAUUCAAACCAACGAGGGUGUUGUGCUUGCAGUAGAGAAGCGGGUUACCUCACCUCUUAUUGAGCCUGCCAGUAUAGAAAAGAUUCUCGAAGUUGAUGACCAUAUAGGCUGUGCUAUGAGUGGUUUGAUAGCAGAUUCCAGAACGUUGGUGGAUAAAGCCAGAGUAGAAGCUCAGAACCACUGGUUCACAUAUAAUGAAAAGAUGUCAGUGGAGAGUGUCACACAAGCUGUCAGUAAUCUUGCACUGGCAUUUGGUGAUGAUGAUGCUGAACAGACUGUUAUGAGUCGACCGUUUGGUGUAGCGUUGCUGUUUGCUGGUAUUGACAAGGAUGGAUGUCAACUAUACCACAUGGAUCCCUCCGGAACAUUUAUAAAGUAUGAUGCUAAGGCAAUUGGGUCCGGAUCUGAGGGUGCACAGCAGGCUCUUCAAGACGUCUUCCACAAGUCGAUGACUCUGAAGGAAGGGUGCAAGAGUGCCCUGACCAUCCUUAAACAGGUCAUGGAGGAGAAGCUUAAUUCCACAAAUGUGGAGAUGGCAACAAUCACGCGUGAGCAGAAGUUCCACGUGUGCAGUAAGCAGGAGCUGGAAGAGGUGAUUCGUGACAUCUAACAUCAUACUACAAUACAGCGCUAAACAGCACACUGCAGCACCAUAUCGAACACACUGAAGAAAUAAGCAUGAUGCUGAACAUUAUUGUCACUUUUAUAUUACUCCCAUUAGGCGAGAGCUAUUGUAAUAUCUCUUGAUGUUGUCUUGCAAAAACUUUAUUUAACCUUGGUCAUAACUCAAAAAACGUUACAAGAUAUUCGAAUGAAAAUUGGUUCACAUGUUGCCAGUGGCAAUACACAUCUAUAUAGCAAGGCCCAUAACUCUCGACUUAAAUAUAUAUUUGUUGAAUAAUGCACCUUUUUCUACCAAAAAAAAGCAAAAUAUUUUACUUAAUUCAUAACUAAAAAACCAACAUUAACAACAAGUGUGUGUUUGUCCGCAGAGCUCUUGUUAGUUAAAAAAAAAUAGAUAACAUCCACAGGAGGAGGAAAAAUAAAAAAGUGUCAGUUUGUGGCAGUUUACUUUUCCAUUUGAUAUAAUUUGAAGUGAUAUUUUUAUAUUGAAUCAUUAAUAGAAUAAAAUCACCAUUUUGUUCAUCGAUUUUUUCAAAUUCUAAAAAUAUUAAAAACUUGUUGUAGCAACGUACAAUUUUUUUUUAUAGCUUUUAAAAAAAAUGCAAAAUGUUGGAUCAGUGGGUUUGAUGAAAUAUAAAAUAUUCUUGCCUCAGACACCACUUUUGCUGAGAAAUAAAAAACACAAUCCUAUCCGGGAUGGAACAGUUUCUGUUGUUGUAAAGCUGUAUAAACGUGAUGAAUAAUGAACACAAGUGAAAAUGCAUUGUGUUAAUGUUUGGGCAGAUAAAUUUCAAGUACUAUUAUUAUGGUUGCACAACUAAAAGUUAUAUUAUUGUCAAUAAAUGGUUAAAUCUG